AUGUCGUCCUCAGCAGCGCCUAAAGGAGUUCUUCUCAAGUCUGACGCCAUCGCAUCCAAAUUCACGGAAGAGGUCAAGAGCACCCUUGCUUCCCGAUCCCGCAAACCGAAGCUUGUCGGAAUACUCUCCACUGGAUCUGCUCCUAGCAGAAGUUAUGCCGAGUUCACGCGCAAGCAAUGCGAAGCCCUUGGUGUCGAAUUCCAGCUGAAGGAAACCGGCGCUGCUCUGGAUCAGGAUGCCCCCGACGGUGAAGGUGUUGAGGAUGCGAUCAUCGAAGCGAAUGGAGAUUCAUCUGUGGACGGGAUCAUGGUGUACUAUCCGAUCUUUGGUGCUCAGCAGGAUCAUUAUCUUCAGCAAGUCGUCUCUCCGUACAAGGACGUCGAAGGGCUCAACUUCAAGUUUCACUACAAUCUCUAUCACAACAUUCGGUACCUGGAUCCUAAGUCACUCAUAUCGUCUGCUCCUCUAGUCAACCCUCCCGCGCCAACGACAAGCGACGUGCCACCGCCCGGCACAGUCAAGUGUAUCCUGCCUUGCACACCGCUCGGCAUCGUCAAAGCCUUAGAGGGUGUCGGCGUCUACAACACCAUACUGCCUUACGGAGAUCGUGCUUAUGGGAAGACUGUGACAGUCAUCAACCGUUCGGAAGUCGUCGGAAGGCCUCUUGCCGCGCUACUCGCAAAUGACGGUGCUCGUGUAUACUCAGUCGACAUUGACUCCAUCCAGGUGUACACCAAGCGGCCACCAGCACCCGACGGCACGGACGCCGGUCGCUAUCACCCUCAUCACGUCGUUCGCCCGACGAAGCUUUCUCUCGAAGAAUGUCUUUCUCAGUCCGAUGUCGUGGUGUCUGCGGUCCCUAGCGAUAAGUAUAAGGUCAAAACCUCUGCCUUGAAGGAGGGAUGUGUCUGCAUCAAUGUCGCCGCCGAUAAGAACUUCGAAGCGAAUGUGCGCGAGAAGGCGUCACUCUACCUCCCCACUGUGGGCAAGCUCACCAUCCUUAUGCUGCUGCGAAACUUGCUUCGCCUGCAGGAAUACCAGAGUCUGUUGGAGUCGACAACAGAGCCAAAGCCAUAA